CCACCACAUAAGUUAUUUUAAACCUCCUUUUUUAUGUAUUAGUCUAUUAUUACCGGUAUGACACCACAAGGUGUUUUUUAAAGUAAAAAACACCUUGUAGUUUCCGGUUUAUAUGUGAGCUAUGAAGUGGACCCUCCAGUUUUGAUAAGGUUUAGACUAAUUAUUAACUGGUGUCUGGUUUGCCUCAAAGUUCACACAUGAACAUUUCACUGUUAAAAUGACUUCAGCAAUGAAUGGUCCAACGACACCAAGUCCCCCUGGAACAAAUGGGAAGUUUGCUUUGGAGAUUCCAGACAUUGUAGUUUUGGUGGUGUAUUUUGUCUUUGUUCUGGCUGUGGGAAUAUGGUCAUCUGUCAGAGCAAAUCGUGAGACUGUGGGAGGAUACUUUUUGGCUGGAAGGUCCAUGACAUGGUGGCCUAUUGGGGCCUCGCUGAUGUCCAGCAAUGUGGGCAGUGGUCUGUUCAUUGGUCUAGCAGGCACUGGAGCUGCAGGAGGCAUUGCAGUCGGUGGAUUUGAGUGGAAUGCAUCCUGGGUUCUCGUUGCCCUGGGCUGGAUCUUUGUCCCUGUUUACAUCUCUGCUGGUGUGGUCACCAUGCCAGAGUACCUGCGGAAGAGGUUUGGAGGCCAGCGCAUCCGAAUCUACAUGUCUGUCUUGUCUCUCAUCCUCUACAUUUUCACCAAGAUAUCGACAGACAUCUUCUCUGGAGCUCUGUUCAUUCAGGUAUCUCUCGGCUGGGACCUAUACCUCUCCACUGCACUGCUGCUGCUCGUGACUGCAGUCUUCACCGUAGCAGGUGGGCUAACUGCCGUCAUCUACACCGACGCCCUACAGACUGUCAUCAUGGUGAUAGGAGCAUUUGUUCUCAUGUUCAUAGCUUUUGACAGGGUAGGAUGGUACGAGGGCUUGCAGGAACAGUACGCGGCGGCGGUGCCCUCUCUCACGGUGCCCAACACCACGUGCCACCUGCCACACCCUGACGCCUUCCGCCUCCUCAGAGACCCGGUGACAGGGGACAUACCCUGGCCAGGCCUCGUGUUCGGCCUCACUGUGCUGUCCACGUGGGUGUGGUGCACUGACCAGGUGAUCGUGCAGAGGUCCCUCUCUGCUAAGAACCUGUCCCAUGCCAAGGGGGGGUCUGUGCUAGGGGGGUACCUGAAGAUCUUGCCCAUGUUCUUCAUUGUGAUGCCAGGCAUGAUAAGCCGAGCGCUCUUCCCAGAUGAGGUGGGCUGUGUAGAUCCUGAGGUGUGCCAGAGAGUCUGUGGUGCAGCAGUGGGUUGCUCCAACAUCGCCUACCCCAAACUGGUGGUAGAGCUCAUGCCAGUAGGGAUGCGGGGGCUGAUGAUCGCUGUAAUGAUGGCUGCUCUCAUGUCCUCACUAACCUCAAUCUUCAACAGCAGUAGCACCCUCUUCACCAUGGACAUAUGGCAGCGUAUACGCCGGCAGGCCUCAGAGCGGGAGCUCAUGGUGGUGGGCAGGGUGUUCAUCUUGGUGCUGGUGCUCAUCAGCAUCCUGUGGAUCCCUAUCAUUCAGUCAUCCAAUAGUGGGCAGCUAUUUGACUACAUCCAGGCAAUCACUAGCUACCUGGCCCCACCUAUCACUGCUGUCUUCCUCAUGGCCAUCUUCUGGAAGCGAAUCAAUGAGCAGGGGGCAUUCUGGGGCCUGAUGGUGGGUCUGGCCGUGGGCUCUGUGCGAAUGAUCAUGGAGUUUGUUUAUGGCACACCUUCCUGUGGAGAGCUGGACACCCGCCCUGAAAUCCUGAGGAAUGUGCACUACCUGUACUUUGCCCUCAUACUGCUGGGUCUCACUGGCCUGGUCAUCACUGUGAUCAGCCUCUGUACCCCAGCCAUCCCUGAGCAGCAUCUCAUUCGCCUCACCUGGUGGUCAAGACAUAGCCAAGAAGAACGAAUUGACCUUGAUGACCCCUGGUCUUCAUCUGGGACAUCCGACCACAGCAGUGAAAGGCCGGCAGAGCCUGCCAUAGAGACAGAGACAGAGACAGAGACAGAGAAAGUUCCUUGCUGGAAGUGCCUAGGCAUGUGGCUAUGUGGGCUAUCUGCUGCAGCACCGGCAGAGAUCAGCCCUGAGCAAAGGCAGGCUCUGGAGAAGAAACUGACUUGCAUUAAAGAGGAACCUUUUUGGCGGAAUGUCUGCAACAUGAAUGCCCUAAUUUUGCUUACAGUCAAUAUCUUCUUGUGGGGGUUCUUUGCCUAAGUAGAUUUGCAUUCAUUUUUAUUUAUUCUUGGUAUUUACAGAACAUGUAUGUAUGGUUUUAAUUCAGUUGUAUUACCACUCCAAUUUUUAUUCUGUGUUUUUGGAAGUUUCAUAUUUUAAAAUGUCUACUAGAUAUGCAAUAGUACUUGAUAUUUAUUGUCAUAGCCAUGACAGUAUCAAAAGUACUGAAUCUGCACAAAUCUUU